AUGUCGCGCGCACACAAGGACCAUACGUGGAUGAAGAACCACCCACUUGAGGGGGACGACAUCGUCGCGGGGCUCUACAACAUCCUAGCAAAGCGCAACCCCAAGACGAUGAAGGCGUGCCGCGGGAUUCGCAUUCCGGACACGGUCGUGUUCGAGCACAACUUUCCACGAGGCUGGUACACAACGGACAUGAAGGCGAAGGAGGUGGUUCGGAAGCAAGGCAAGGAUCUCGACGCCAACACCAUCGAGCAUGGCUUUACCCAAGACCUCCACGAUGGCUCCCCUAUCGCCGCCACCUACCUCUGCACAAUGGAACACAUAACCGACGACGGGGAGACAGAGGUCAACACACUCGUCGAGGUGUUCACCCGCGACACGCUGGCCGCCUUCUUAGCACGUAAGGUCAAGCCGGAUGGCAUUCUGCAGAAGUUUAUCCUUCCGAAGGGGUAUCAGAACAGUGUCAUCAAGGUCGUGUGGAGCCCGCGCGUCUGCAUGGUACAGCGUCGCACGAACAAGUACCGCAUCUUCGACCGCAAGAGAGCUGAGUGUGAUCCCUUCUCCAUCACCGUCACCUACGACGGCCCCACGUUUCUAAGCGACGAGGGCAGCGUGUCUGGCAACAUUGCGAUGGAGGUGAAGCAGCUGUGCGGCAACAUCGUCCAGCACUUCUACUAUACCGAGCACAAGUACAUCACGCGAAUGGUGCUCUACUUCAAGGGUGACCAGCGCGACCGGCUGUGGCUGCUGUGGUGCGGGUCGCUGCGCGUUUCGGACCGCACCACGCCAAGCGAGAUGCCCGUCAACCUCAUCACCAACUUUGGUGAGCCGUCGAUGGCCGGCAACGCCUUCAACGAGGAGGAGCUGCUGCGCAGUGCUGACGAGGCGUACCUCCGGCUCACAAAUGAUGAGAUGUUUUACGAGACGUACAUGAAACGGAUGGUAUGCCGCGGCGCGACCUGCGGCGAGGCGGCCGUGCAAGGCGACAAGCCCUCAUUUCCUAGCGCAGACGGGCAGCAGGAGGGCCGCGCGAACCUCGCCGCUGCCGCCGAUGCCUUCGACUGGAGUGGCCUGCCACCUCUGGCGGUCGAGACUCGUGACCGCCUUCUUCUCGAGAAGAAAUCGAUGUGUAGCCUGUUCGAAGAUCUCUUCUACCACGCCCGCAAUCACUUCCUUACCCGCCGCAAGGAGCCCUAUAACAUGGAGAUCCCGACAGAUGCGGCAGACACGCUGACGGAGAACGGCGUCGUCGAUCUCAUGCGCACUUUGCGCCUCCCCGCCAAGCUUCAGGAAUCAACAGCUUCGGCCCCCCUGUGCUACGUCAUCGACUCCGUGUCACGCCAGCCCCUCACGCAGCUCUCCGACAAGGCGCAGGUGUGGAUCCAGACCUAUUUCGACACGAAGCUGCGACAGCUUCAGCAGGCGGUGCUGGAGUUCACAGGGGACGAGGAUGCGCUGCGUAGCGAUGUAAUGGAACUGUGA